AUGGAACGAGCAAGGGUUCCGCGGAGUCGCUGGGGAGUCCCCUCGCUCCUCCACCUCUGGAUCGUCGUCGCCGUCGUCGUCCUCCGCCUCCCACAGCCGGCGGCGGCGGCGGAGCUCGACUCCGGGGACACAGAAGCCCUCCUCCAGCUCCGCUCCCUUCUGGUAGACCCCGGCGGCGCCCUCACCACCUGGACCGGCGGCGGCGGCGGCGCCUCCUCCGCUGUCUGCACCAACUGGACCGGAAUCUCUUGCAGGAACGACGUUAGAGUACGAGUGGUGGGAAUAGACCUCGCAGGCUUCAACCUCUCGGGAACCAUCCACCGGGGGAUCUGCCGGCUCUCCCUGCUGGAAACCCUCGUUCUCUCCGGCAACUCCCUCGCCGGAGCAAUCCCCUCCUGCUUCGGCGAGCUCUCCGCCCUCCGGCGACUGGACUUGGCGGGGAACCACUUCUCCGGCGAGCUCCCGCCGGAGCUCGCCGGGCUCCGGCACCUCCGCGAGCUCGUCGUCUCCGGCAACCCCGCCCUCGGCGGCCGCCUCCCGGACUGGAUCGCCAACUUCUCCCUGCUUAGGAAGCUCGACCUCUCCUCCGAUUCCUUCCAGGGAUCCAUCCCCGAGGGCUUCUUCAAGCUCCGGUCCCUGCGGCAUCUGGAUCUCUCCGACAACAAGCUCAUUGGCGAGCUGUCGGACUUCGACUCCUCGCUGGUGGCGCUCCGCCUGGCGGGGAACAACUUCUCCGGCACGGUCCCCUGCUUCUCCGCCUCCAAUGGAACUCUGAAGGUCCUCGAUCUGUCCUGCAACUCCCUCGCUGGAGGGAUCCCCACCUGCCUCUCCCAUCUCCGGCGACUGGCAGAGCUCAACCUCUCCGGCAAUGGCCUGCAGUACGGCCUCUCCCCGAGGCUCGUCUUCUCGCCGGAGUUGAAGGCGCUGGAUCUCAGCUCCAACGAGCUCUCCGGCCACAUCCCCGGGAAGAUUGCCGGAGGAUCCUCUGCGCUGCUGCUGCUGGAUCUAUCCAGGAACCGUUUCUCCGGCGAGAUCUCCGGGGAGAUCGCAGGUCUGAGGAGCCUCCUGGGGCUGUUCCUCUCAAGCAACCUGCUCUCCGGCGAGAUCCCCCCCGCCAUUGGGAACCUCACGUACCUGCAAGUGCUGGAUCUCUCCCACAACACCCUCUCCGGCGAGAUCCCCCCCGGGAUCGCCGCCUGCUUCCAGCUAUGGCAGCUCAAGCUCGACCACAACAACUUCUCCGGCGAGCUCCCACCGGAGCUGGACGCGCUAGACAGCUUGAGGAUCCUCGAUCUAGCGGCGAACAGGUUCUCCGGCGAGAUCCCGCUGCCGCUGGCGGGUUGCAGGUCGCUGGAGGUCGUCGAUCUCCAAUCCAACCAGCUCUCCGGAGAGCUCACCGGCGCCGUCGUCGUCAGGUGGCGGAGCCUCCGGUACCUUUCCCUCGCCGGAAACUUCUUCUCCGGCGAGAUCCCCGACUGGAUAUUCUCCUUUCCGAAUCUCCGCACUGUCGACCUCUCCGGCAACCGCUUCGCGGGCGCCAUCCCCGAUGGCGACUUCAACCUCAGCGAGCCCUUCAACGGCGAGCUCCAUAGCAGCAGCAGCCCCAGCAGCGGUGGCGGCGAGGCGUACAGAGUCACGGCGACAGCGGUGGAUCUCGCCGGAGGCGGCGAGGUGGAGCUGAGCUACGUGCUGCUGUCGCCGGCGGGGAUCGACCUCUCCGGCAACGUUCUCCAGGGAGAGAUCCCGGAGGGGUUGCUGGGGCUGCGGGGGAUCCAGUUCCUGAACCUCUCGAACAACUUCCUCGUCGGAGAGAUUCCGGCGGUGGGGGCGGCGGGAAAGAUGCAGAGCCUUGUGGCGCUGGACCUCUCCCACAACAAGCUCUCCGGCGAGGUUCCGGCGAGGGAGAUCUCUGCGCUGCCGCAGCUGAGGGAGCUGAACCUCUCCUUCAACUGCCUGACGGGGCCGGCGCCGGAGAAGAAGGUGAUGGAGAGGUUCCCGGGGGCUUUCUCCGGCAACCCGGGGCUGUGUUUGGAGGUCUGUGGGAACUUACCGGCGGCGGCGGCGGGAGGCCUGCGGGGUGGCGGCGGCGCCGCCGGGGAGGGAGUCGUCUCCUUCUGGGCUUUCAUCCUCAGCGCCGCCGUGAGCUCCUACAUCUCCAUGCUCGCCAUGUGCUGCUCCCCACGCGCGCGGGCCUUCGUCUUCUACGCCUUCAAGGCGGGGACCUGA